UUUUGUCAAAACGGUUAAAACCGAUCUAUUUCAUCGCGUCAAAUUACUUAUUAAUUAUUUUUUACUAUAUAUGUAUUAGCGUCUAUUAUUAUUUGUUGACUUGAGACUGAAUUUUCAGUCGCUUCGCGAACGAGACACGAGAAAGUUUGCGUUUUCCACGCAGAAAUUUCACCGACCUCGCGACUCGUCGGGCUACCGGAAUCCGAUAUAAUCGGUUAUAAUGUACAGAUAAUGAUAUCUCCACUUCCGUCAUACGACGAGCUACUAAAUAGCGCUUACGCAAACAUUAAUUUGAUCGCCGACAAGACCUGGACCUUCGAUCCCGAGGAUCCUUUCCGAAAGUUAAAUCAUUCUCUUUGGAUUCAAAGUUGCGAAGUAACCGCGAAGUACGAGGAAUAUGGUGAUUAUCGUCCAAGACUCGUUCGAGACGUCAUCUCCGAAUCGCGCUUGGCGAAAUACGGUAAUUACGAGUACGACGAGCAGCAUGAGAGAAUGUACAGCCCGGACGACGGUAAAUCGUCGGGUAGCGUGCCUUGCCACUUCCGUUCAGCUACGGAGGCUGUGGAACCGUGGAUGCUUCCUGAAGUUCAAGAACACUUCGCCCGGUUAAUUUCGCCGAGUUGCACGCGAUCACAUCGGGAACCCUCAGCAAUACAAAUACUAAAGAGUAACACCGCGAGGAGGGAUAAUGAAACUGUCGCUUGCUCGAACUUCCAAUUUGACUGGAACGAGAGCUCGAAAAAGCAACGUCAAAAGACCAGUCCAAAAGGGAGCAGAAAAAUUGGAUUGCACGAUGAAUUACUUUCGGCUUAUAAAUCUGACGAGGGCGGAAAAUCAAUCAGAAUGUUUGCCCGUCAUCGCCGAUACACCGCCGAGACUGCCGCGGAAAUGCAGCUGCAGUUCCGCAUCGAGAGCAACGCUGUGCGCGACAUAUGGAACUCCGAAAAGGUUCAACAGCAGCAGCAACAGCAACAGCAGCAACAACAGCAGCAGCAGCGAUGCCAUCAGCAGAAUCAGCAAUCACGUACCAUACGACAGACGCAACCUGUCACCCAACAUCAUCAGUUCUACUGCGCAUUGCAGUAUCAACCUUUGAUCAUGCGAGAAUAUCAGCGAAAACCAUUAUUAUCACCUCCACCAUUACCACAACCGCCGCCGCCACCGGUUCUGAGCGCCGAAGUACCUGAAUUCUUCCCGAAGUCGAGCCUACCCCCGAUAGCAUAUAACUUGAAUAAUAACAAAGAGCGCAAGACUUGCCAGAUACGGUACUUCCCGUCUUUGAAUGACAGGAAUUACCAGAACGAGUUGUUUCCUUAUAACAGGCCGCAGCAGGAGAUUGCGGCAACUGUUUUCCCAGUAAACAAUGCUAGAAUGUCCAUAUUAUCAGCGACAGAGACGAAUGUGUUUCGUUCGCCUCAAGAAUGGAUUCACAGAGUGGCACCACCAGUGCAAUUGCAGCUGACAGCGUCUUCCUCGUCACCAUUGUCAAUCUGCACGCCGCUGCAACCAAUUCACGAUGCUGCAAUCGGCCAUCGUCCUUUACAGAUGUACGAGAAAUUUUUACCUUGUACCCAACCAAGUUCAACGACACCCAUACCUGUGUAUCAGCGACCAGUGGAACUGUACCAGGAACCAAUGCUGAAGCGGAAGAAUCAAGGGGUCGAUUUCAACAAUCUUAUACUACUAACAAAGAACAGCAUCAAGAUGCGACGAGGCCACUCGAAGCCCAUUGUUCAACAGCCUUUCCUUCUAGAUUCCAGACAGAGUUUAAAAACUUCCAAUCACAAUGUGCAGGUGCAAUGGUUCGAUAGGGAUCACAGUGCGAAGAAAACGAAGGAGGUCGUGACCGUAAACGCACUCGUAUCCGAGCUGCGCAGUUUUGAGGAGAAGUACGAAUACUGCAGAGGAGCCGAUACUAACUGGAGAACGGUCGCCGAAUCAUCACAAGGCCAGCAAAGGUUGUCUGAAACUUCGUUCCGGUUGAAGAAUGAAAUAUAUAGGAACGAGAGCUCAAGCUGUAGGUCAAAAGACAGAUUCUUUGGGAAAGAGAGCUCAAGAUACAGAGUUUUAGACGCUGAAGAGGACAAGAGCUCAAAGCGGCCGCUUUAUAGAGACGUUCUAGCGAAUACCUCGAACGAGGCGAUCUUAGAUAAUGUCUUCGAGAAGAGGUACGACGAGCUUGAACAGCAAGCGAUGGAACAAUACAGGAAUUCGGAGGAGUCAUUGGCGCUCAAAUAUCAGGAAUUGGAACGUCAAGCAAUGGAACAAUACAGAAAUGGUAAUACAGGAGAUGAAAAGCGCUCGAUGGAUCAGGAUUGUGUCGAUGGACAAAGAUGUUCGGAAUACGGACACUGCAGUCCCGUGAAAAGACAUGCAAGAAGAAAAGGUUCUUGUUUUCCCCAAAUCACUCUGUUGAAGCCGAAGGGUAAAUCUUUGCCAAAUGUCUGUCAUGGCAAUGAUAGUAAUCUUCAAGCAACCAUCGCUUCAAGAAGCUUAACUGCAUUGACUGACGAAUCGUCGAAGGAAUCGAAAAACAUAUGUAAGGGUGCAUCAGGAGAUAAAAUCGAUACGAGUGUCUCAGUUCGAGCAUCGUCAAAGCGGCGUCUGAUACUGAUGUCACCCUUCGAACGCAAAUCAGGGGCCAGAAAAAUAAUGAAGGCGACGGAACUACGAAGUAUUUGCUCGUUCUCCCAAACAAGAAACAACGUCCUCGAUUAUUAUCGGACUUCCGAAAUUGCCCAAAAUGGCAGCGGUGAUGAAAAUAUAACAAUUAUACAGUCACCCGGUACUGAAGUUUGGUUGUCCGGAUUUUGGACUACUUAAGAGCAACUUAAUGAAUUUUCUUGAGAAAAAUUGAAAGACUAUCGAAGUUCCUUUGCCAAGACGACAUCGGUAGAUUGAACCGGAGAAAUAAGAAGCAAGUCGUGACUUGUAAUAUAAUUAAUAUUAUAGGCAUAUAUUUUAUGAAUAUGUAUGUAUGUAUGGGAAAUAAGUUAUAGCGUAUUCAUGUGAUAUACGUAUAUUGAUAUACAAUCGACAAGACACUUUACAUAAAUCUUUUAAUCUUUAAAUAAAUUAUUGCUUGUAAAUAGU